CUGGAGAAGGGCAAAAUAUGAAGGAAAUUCAUGCUCAUUCAAAUAUUUUAUGUAUUAGGUCUCAAUAUUUCAGUUCUGCAUUUUCUAAUGAAUGGGCUGAGAAAAGAGAUGGAAAAUUUAUUUUUAAAAAACCAAAUAUUUCACCUCAAUUAUUUAAUAUUAUUAUUAGGUUCAUUUAUUGUGGAAAUAUUGAAUUGAAAAAUUUACAAGGUCCUGAUGUAUUAAAGAUAUUGAUAGCUGUGGAUGAACUAAAUAUCAUUUC